CCCAGGUAGUGUGCUGUGCGGUACCCGCCGCAGCUUUCGGGCACACACUGUACUGUCAUGGACAGCAACCAUCAAAGUAGUUACAAACUCAAUAAAACUGAGAAGAAGUUCUUGAGGAAACAGAUUAAAGCCAGGCAUACUUUGCUGAGACACGAAGGCAUUGAGACAGUAUCCUAUGCCACUCAGAGCCUGGUUGUCGCCAAUGGUGGAUUGGGUAACAAUGUGAGUAGGAACCAGCUGCUCCCAGUGUUAGAGAAGUGUGGCCUGGUGGAUGCUCUCCUAAUGCCACCUAGUAAGCCCUACUCAUUUGUGAGAUACAAAACUGCAGAAGAAGCUAAGGAAGCCUAUGUCACCCUCAACGGAAAAGAAAUAGUGGAUAAUUUAGGACAAAAGAUCAUUCUGUACUUGAAUUUUGUGGAAAAAGCACAAUGGAAAGAGUUGGGGCUUCAGGCUUUACCUCCAGGCCUCAUGGUAGUAGAAGAAAUUAUUUCUUCUGAGGAUGAGAAAAUCCUUUUGGAAAGCGUUAACUGGACAGAGGAUAUAGACAAUCAUAAUGUUCAAAAAUGCUUAAAGCACAGGAGAGUAAAGCAUUUUGGUUAUGAAUUCCACUAUGAGAACAACAAUGUAGAUAAAGACAAGCCAUUACCUGGGGGUCUUCCUGACAUUUGGGAUAGCAUUCUGGAGAAGUGGUUGAAAGAAGGUUUCAUUAAACACAAACCCGACCAAUUGACUGUUAACCAGUAUGAACCUGGGCAUGGAAUUCCUGCUCAUAUUGACACACAUUCUGCUUUUGAAGAUGAGAUUGUUUCUCUCAGUUUGGGGUCAGAGAUUGUCAUGGACUUUAAGCACCCAGAUGGUGUCACUGUGCCGGUCAUGUUGCCUCGUCGGAGUUUGCUGGUGAUGACCGGAGAGUCUAGAUACCUCUGGACACAUGGAAUCACACCCAGAAAAUUUGAUACUGUUCAAGCAUCCAAGGGUCACAGAAGUGGGAUUAUCACCAGUGAUGCUGGAGACUUAACUUUAAGCAAGAGGAGAAUAAGGACAUCAUUUACAUUUAGGAAAGUGAGGCAAACACCUUGUAAUUGUAGUUACCCUUUGGUCUGUGACAGCCAGAUGAAGGAGACCCCCCCGUCCUUUCCAGAGAGUGCCAGAGAAGCCUCACAGCUGGAGCGAGAAUACGUCCAUCGAGUCUAUGAAGAGAUUGCUGAGCACUUCAGCAGCACGAGACACACCCCAUGGCCACGCGUCGUGGACUUCUUGAAAUCUUUGCCAAGUGGUUCGUUAGUGGCCGAUGUUGGCUGUGGAAACGGAAAGUAUCUUGGCAUCAAUAAGGAGUUAUAUAUGGUUGGUUGUGAUCGAAGCCAGAACCUUGUGGGCAUCUGUCGAGAGCGGCACUUGGAGGCGCUUGUCGGUGACGCCCUGGCCGUGCCCUUGCGCAGCGGCUCUUGGGACGCCUGCAUCUCUAUUGCUGUGACUCACCAUCUCUCGACGGCCGAGCGUAGAGUGGCGGCUCUCCAAGAACUUGUUCGACUCCUGAGACCUGGGGGGAUGGCACUCAUUUACGUCUGGGCGAUGGAACAGGAAUAUAAGAAGAAGAAAUCCAAGUACCUUAAAGAGAACAGACUUCACCAAGGAAAGGAAGAGGAGAUCCACAGCGACGCAGCGGAGCCAGGGUCGCUGGGGGAGCAGGUGCCUGACGCGGGCGGCCAGGACGCCCCGUGUCGAGUCUCCGCCGUUACCGACGUCCGGGCGGGAGAGGGUAGUGCCAGCAAAGUCACUGAUGCCAAGCUGCCUGUUCACACUAACAGGACUUCUUUUCGUUCUCAAGACUUACUGGUUCCCUGGCACCGUAAGGGGAACCCUGGGAGAGACGAGCCUGUCGGUGCGACAGAAUCCCGUGCCCCAGGCCCCGUGUUUCAUCGUUACUACCACGUGUUCUGUGCAGGCGAGCUGGAGGAGGCCUGCCGGACCCUGAGUCAGGUCCGCGUGCUGCAGAGCUACUAUGAUCAGGGCAACUGGUGUGUGGUUCUUCAGAAGGUCUGA